CUCAACUCGUUCGAUACAAGACAUCCAUUAUUGCUGCAAGCCUUUCGUCGGGACCAGCGCUGUGAGCAUCUACGCGCUGUAUACAGAAGACGCUCAUAACUGGCCUUUCUUCACGACCUGCCAGUCCGCAAUGAACAGACCGACUUUGCGAUAGCCAGUUCCUUCUUACCUGUUAACUGCUACUUGCAAAGAUGAACGACCCCGGUCUAGAUGGACCCAUCGACGAUGCCGACGGUCAAGUCCAUGAGAAUGUCCCUCACUCCAAUGACAAACAUCCAGAGGACAACAUGGACGAGGAAGAGGAGGAACGAAACUUCUUGGUGCCUACCAGGUGGUGGUACGCAUCCACCGGGUUUCCUUUGGUUGCAGGCACAUUUGGUCCCAUGGCCAAUGCCUUCAGUAUCUGCGCCCUGGUAGAAAAUUGGAGGGUAAAAAUCCCUCCAAGCGGGACGGAGGAACACGGCCUUGAUAUCAAAGACCCAAGAUGGUUAAUUGCAGUGAAUGCGGUAUCUCUCGUCUGCGCUCUGACUGCCAAUAUGUCGCUGCUUCUGAAUAUGGCCCGCCGAGUACCUUUCCAGAUCGCCCAACCUAUAACCAUCAUAGGCUUCUGGGUCGCCUCGGUGCUCCUCAUUGCUCUGAUCGCAGUGGCCUCUCAUCACUUUCAUGCUCCUGGGGUCAAGAAUCAGGCACUAACUCAAGCCUACUAUUACGCCAUUUUUGCUGCUGGACUGUAUCAAAUCAUCUCCUAUCUUAUGUGCGUUACGGUCUACGGCGCAUUUAGGGGCUACUACAGCAGGGAAUUCAAGCUUACUGUCGCUCAACGCACCCUGAUGCUGCAAACCAUUGCCUACCUCACAUACCUGCUGCUUGGAGCCUUGGUCUACUCGCAUGUCGAGGGAUGGAAAUUCUUGGACACCGUGUACUGGGCCGACUUUACAACACUCACCAUCGGCUUAGGCUCUGACUAUUCACCUUCGACGCACUUAGGCCGGAGCUUACUCUUUCCGUUUGCCAUGGGUGGUAUUAUCAUCCUGGGUUUGGUGGUAGGAUCAAUCCGAUCGUUGAUCUUGGAAAGAGGAAAGAAGAAGAUUGCCGCUCGCUUGACCGAAAAGACUCGGGCUCGACUUGUCAGGGAGAUUGCCGCGGCCACAAAAAGGCGAAGUGAUCUCCGGCGUCAGAUCGCCAUAGGACUUGGGAAGAAAACACUCGACGCUUUGACUGUUAAGCCGGGGAACGAUGAGAUCUCGGAGUUGGACAGGAGGGCAGCUGAGUUUGAGGCGAUGCGUAAGGUUCAGGACCGGGCUGCCACGCACCGCAAAUACAUGAGCCUCGGCGUGUCUUCAUUCGCAUUUGCAUUCUUGUGGUGCAUUGGAGCUUUGGUGUUCUUUCGCGCAGAGCAAAAUCAACAAUGGACUUAUUUUGACGCCCUUUACUUUUCAUACACGACACUCUUGACCAUUGGCUAUGGCGACUUUAUACCGAUGAGCAACAGUGGCAAGCCAUUUUUCGUCUUCUGGUCAUUACUGGCCGUCCCAACUUUGACCAUUUUGAUAUCCAAUAUGGGAGACACUGUGGUCAAAGCGAUCAAAGAUGCCACCAUCUGGCUAGGCGAAAUCACCGUACUGCCUAGUGAUGAAAGCAGUGCGAGAGAACGGUUGCAACAUGGGUUGCAUAAAGCGACAAUGGGGAAAGUAUCUUCACCUCAUCCGGACAUCGAAGAUGGCUCGGAAGAGGAUGCCGGAUUUCAGGAACUGCACCCUGGGCUGGCCAGGUUGUUCCGCGCAGGCGGCGAGCAACGGCGACCUGACAAGAGAUACCGUGCCAACAGGGAUGAACUCGCCAAAGAUUUUGAGCAGUCGGAAAAGGUUGACGAGAGCGAAGCCCGCGAUCAUGGAGAUCGAUUGGAAGAGGAUGAACAUCACUAUCGGCAUGUGCUCAUCUCUCAGAUCCGGAAGGUUUAUGCAGACACUACGGCAUCGACUCCGAAGCGCUACUCAUAUGAUGAAUGGGUAUAUUUUCUCCGACUAUUGGGCGAAGACGAGCGAGACGCCACAUCUCACAAACAUGCUCCCGAGCUGGAGGACUUGACCAGUCGACACGACGAUGAUGCCACUCGCCAAAAAGCGUUCGAGCUUGCCGGACAGGAAGGUGCUUAUGGAAAAGGCAACGAAAAAGCCCCGGACAAGAAACGGGAAAAAGUGAAAUGGAGCUGGAUCGGUAAUCGAAGUCCUCUGAUGGGGGACAAAGAGGAAGCCGAAUGGUUGCUAGAGAAAAUGUUUGAAAGACUGGAAGAGAGUCUUCGGGGUGAAGGAAAGCAGAAGGAAAAUCAGGUCAAGAAGGAGACCAGGAAACAUCAUCCUAGCGAGCAAACGCGAUGUCAGGACGGGGAAGAGGAUGGCUCCAGUGAAGAGACCUUGGCUCGCAGAGAAUCUGGUGGAGUCAGUAAGGAACGAAAGCAAGAGGAAAAGGAUGGCAGUUCUUGAUGGGCUUUCUUGAAAUGAUUGUUGCUCGGUACCUGUGUCCUUUGGUGUCUGAUUUGGUAUCGGCAGGGCGAAUUCUGUGGGUUGUGAGAUCUGGACACUCUUGAAUUUAGCGAAGGAGUUGGUGGGCAGAAAUCGUGUUCUUGUCGGACAGGAAUUGAAUUUCUUGGUCUACUGUGUUAUCCUAUUCAAUCCAGACUCUGUCAGGCAGUCUAUCUAGACAGGAAUUGCACAUCCAACUUGGC